UUCAAAUAACGUAACAGUAACAAAACAAUACGCAUGCGACUAGUCCUACUUAAGACGACAAUUAUUCAUCACCCUGUCAGUACGACUCCGGUGCCCAAUAAGUGAUUUUCGUAAUCAUGUCCGGGCUCAUCAAAGCAGCAUUGCUGUUCAAAAUAUUGGUUGUCCAAGGGAGUGUUUUUCGCGCAGAAAAAUACCUGCAAGACGUAAACCAUAUUGAGCGCUAUAAAAGUACAUAUUCAGACUUUGGUUCUGAUGACUUUGGCGAUGCAUUAAAUACCUUUGAUGUCGGUCGAAUGGAGUUCAUGCCAAGAUAUCAACACGGCCAUUUUCUCAAUCGAAAAAUAAUACCUGAUUGGUUUGCAAAACCAGCGAAUCCGGAGCUUAUGGGACCAGUUGGUCCUAUUGAACCUCUUGGUCCAAUUCGUCCUACCUGGCCAUCGUCUAAUGGUCAAGGCAGAAUCGGUUUUCCCGCCAGGCGAAACCCGAAUAACAAUAGAAGGAACAAAAUGUGUAAAAAUUUAAAGGGAUUGCCGACACCUGAGUCAGGGUGUUGCGGUGUGGAAGAGCCACGCUUCCCGAUUCAUCAACAAAAUCUAGGUUAUCCUAAUGGUCCAUUCUGGCCAGAACCCUGGAACGAACGCAACCGACGGUCAACUGACAGCGACGAACCGCCUCACAAAAUGAUAAGAGGCGGCCGGGCGACGGACUUGCAUCAGCUGCCGUGGACGGUGAGGCUGGCUAUCAACCCUCGCCUAAAGGGCCUGCACAGCCCGGACUACUGCGGCGGAACCAUAGUCAGCUCCCGAUAUGUACUCACUGCCGCCCACUGCCUGUAUAACACGUUCAAAGACAUUUCGCAACUUGAAGUUUUCUUAGCCGAGUAUGACACUGAUACCUACCCAGAGGAUUGUAUCACGAGUAAUGGGAUAAAAGAAUGUAUUCAUAAUAUCGUAAAGAAAGUCGAGCACGUGAUAAUACACAAAGAUUAUAACGACACCUACUUGCAGAACGAUGUGGCACUCUUGAGACUCAGCUCCGAUAUACCAUAUACAGAUUUCAUCAGACCCAUAUGCUUGCCGACCGAAGACGUUGCAGAUAUAAAAGGUGAAAACAUUAUCAUCGCUGGAUGGGGUAUGAACGGCAAAAAAGAGACCAAUGUGAAACAAGCAGCGAAUGUCAAUUACGUGUCCAAUGACAAAUGUAAAGAACAGUACUCGUAUAAAGACGACAGCAUGUUUUGCAGUAUCGGUGACCAUGGAGAGGACAUAUGUCAUGGCGACUCCGGGGGCCCAUUAAUGGUAUUGUCGAAAAAGAAAUAUUUGCUGUUGGGUGUUGUGAGCGGGAAACGGGGCGAUCAUGAAUGCGGAUCAUCGGUUUCCUCAUUGUUUAAUAACGUUUUCUAUCACAAAGACUGGAUAACUAAACAUGUUACAUAAAACUCAACAAACAAAAAAAAGUAUUAAUUAUAAACGUUCCAACCGUUCCAAUGAAAUGAUAAAUAACUGGAAAUUUACUGUUAGUUAUUGACUAAGAAUUAAUUGAAAGCCAUUUUAAAGAAAUUUAAAGAGAAAAUCCAAGGAAUCUGAGCUGAAGAAUAAGUUAGACGUUUUCUCAUCAAUUUAUGGAGUAAAAUAAGCUCACCGUAUUUGCCGUAUUCUGUGAUUUACGGAUUCCUUAUUUAGUUAUUAAACUAUAGAGUUACAGUUGGAUAGUUAAUUUUCAACAAUUCCCUGCAAGACGUGGUAGUUCUGGUAGCAUUCUGUACCCACACAUUUAGUGUAUUUUAUCCUUGUGCCGCCCAACGUACCUUAGGUGACCUUAAUUGAAAACAACGUAACAGGCAGCAUUUCAUUUGUCUCGUAAAAUUUUCGAUAAAAUGAAAUUAAACCUAAUUGUAAUAACAACAAGAUUUUAAUUUCCUUGGCUACUUACUUUUGUAUGGUGGGCGGCACAAGGUUAAUGAUAUGUGAUAUAUUGUCUUAUACGACAACUUAUUAUUAUACUAAAUGAUUGAAAACACUAUCUAAAGUAACACGAAUGUUAUAGUCGAGUUAAUAUGAGUUGACCUAUUUACAUCCCACUAACUUAAACCAGAAAGUUCACCCAUUACUUAGCUCUCGUAUAAAACUUAGAUUUUUUUUUGUAAUCCUUUGUCUAUACCGUAAAAAUAUAAAACUUUGCGCUUUAACAUAACUUUGCCUUUGCCGCUUUGUGUGCUUUGUUUACUUUCUGAAGAAAGUGUAUCUGUAACUACUUUUAAGUUAUUUCGCUUUUACUGGACAGUGACGCGGUGGGCAAAGUUACGUAAAGUUACGGGCUAAGUUUUAUACUUUCACGGUAAUAUUAUUGUUCUUUUUAAUGUUCCUAUUAGUUUAUAGGUAUAGACUCAAUUGUAUGUACUAAAUAAAAUUAUAAUAAUAUUAUUGUUAGUAUUGUAAAUACAUCGUGUUCAACAAAUCGCUAAAAGUA